AUGGCUUGUAUUACCUCAACAAGUUAUGUGAUCAUGCUCAAUGGUAUCCCUACGCCUAUUUUCCAUGCUAAAAGGUCUUCAUCAAGGAGACCCGCUUUCCCCUCUGCUUUUUGUUAUUGGCUUGGAAUACUUGUCGUGUAUCCUGAGAAGCGCAGAAGGUCUUUAUGUAAUUUCUUGCAUUUGUUCUCCCAAGCGUAUGGGUUACAAGCUAACUCAGCAAAGUCAGCUAUCCAUACAACAGGAGUUCUUAGUGAUAUUAAAGCGGAGCUCAGGGAUUUGUCUCGGUUUACUUAUGGUUCCUUCCUUUUAAGUAUCUUGGGGUUCCUUUAUCUUCCAAAUGUCUUAGCAUGGUUGACUCUUAUUAAUUCAGUGUUAAUGGGGAUCUCAACGUAUUGGUGUCAAAUGUUUAUCCUUCCUUGUCUUGUUAUUCAUCUUGUUAAUUCUAUCUGCCGCUCCUUUUUAUGGUUGGGUACGCAUGACUCUCACAAGCCUGGUCAUGUUAAUUGGGAUACUAUUUGUAAACCGAAAAAGGCUGCUGUGGGGAUAGCUUGGCAUAUUUCUCAUUUGAGGGAGUCCUUGUGGGUUAAGUGGGUUCAUGGUGUCUAUACUAAAGGAGGCCGAUGGGAGAUCUUCAAUGCACCAAUCACAGCUAGCUGGACAUUGAAGAAAAUUUGUUGGCUGGGUCAACAUUAUUUGGAACAUGCUUUCAAUUCCAAAGACUCGUUUUAUUUGCUGGAUAGACGCUCUUCAAAAGCUAAAACCCUAGAUGAAUUAUUCCACAUUGGUGUGCUUUAUAAUGACCUCUGUCCCCUUUGCGGCAUUCGGUCUGAAUCCAAUACUCAUCUUUUCUUUGAGUGUACUUUCAGUCAGUAG